AUGGAUAAGUUUGUCACAAGAUCAAAAGUUGGGCAACCAAGUUCUAGUUCUUCUCAUCCAUCUGUUGCGUCAUCCGUAGCCCCGGAAAUUCAAAGGGAUAUAUCUCUUUCAGAUCAUAAUUUAGGAUCUCCCAAUACUGACCCGGGGGAUAGGAAGUCCAUUGCAGAAUAUAGCCCUAAUAUACGAGAUGAAAUUAGAAGACAUUAUAUUCAAAUGGGACCUUGCCAGCCUACGAGUCAUGAUUUUCCUAAAACUAAGUUUGGGAAGACAAUGCAUCAGUUUUAUCCUGGUUGGUUUAAGGGUCAACAUUCAAAGUGGUUGGAGUACAGUAUAUCAGAAGAUGCUGCAUAUUGUUUGUGUUGUUAUUUAUUCAAAAAUGAACAUGAAAUUCAUGGAAAUAUGGGGGAUGCUUUUACAAAAAAUGACUUUAAAGGGUGGAACAAGGCUAUAGAAAGAUUUAGAGCUCAUGUUGGAGAGCAAUCCGAGAAAGCAUAG